UUCGUCUCUGAUCCCUCUCUGGCUCUCGCGCGACGCCAUGGAAUGCGCGGCGAGGGGGAGCACCACGCCGUGCGCGCCGGGCCCUGCCACCAGGCGCUGCGGCAACUGCGGUGCUGUUGCCUACUGCUCUCUCUCCCACCAGAUGUCGCAUUGGAAUGAUCAUAAGGAUGAAUGCCCGAGGCUUGAGCAGCAGAUGAGGCGUGUCGAUGUCCUCAAUGAUUUCCCCUUCUCUUUCACUGUAGCAUCUACUAUCCUGGAGGAUAGCAGGUGUUCCUUUUUGGAUUCAAUCGGCCUUCACAGAACUGGUAUAUGGAGUUUUGAAUGUUGUUGUGGGAUGCAAUCUGAUGAUUCAAGGAUAGGUGGAAAAUAUGGAGAGUGGAGUCUUCCAAGUAUACUGUGCCCAUGUACUGAACCAAGAGGCCCAGCAUCAACUUGCCUAAGUAGUUGGAAAGAUUACUACCAAUGGAGAUGUCUUCCACUUGAUUCUCCAGUUGCCAUAUUACUGCACUGGCCAAUUACAAUAUAUCACUGCUUUCGACUUUCUUCUGUGCAAACAUUAACCUCAGGAGUUAGGGACAAAUUACACAUACAUUAUUUAGGACCUGAUAAAGAGCUUUAUCAACUUGCUGUUUUUGGAGAGUUGAAAGCUUUAUUUCCUGGCAUUCAGCUUCACAUAGAACUUGUUGGGCCUGCAGUUCCGCAAUUUAGGGAUGGGGAGGAAACAAGCCUUUGUGACUACCUUCAUUGUUCUGAUGAGGGCUGCCCUUGUAAAUCUUCAUAUAAAGAAUUAAGUGGCGGCGGAUGUAAAGGAAACAGUUCUGUGGUGUCAUUAAAGCUCCGCAAAGGUUUCUAUCACGACAAAGUUAGAGACAUUCUGAAGGAUUCCUACCCUCAUCUGAUAGUUGCUCCAAACGCUGGUGUUGCUGCAUUUUCGAGUUGGCUUCCAACCAUUGAACUAAUAAAGGAAAUGGGUGUCCCGGCCGUAUUUACUGAUUACUGUGAAGAAGCUGCAAAUUUAGCAGCAUGUUGCAUCAGCAAUGUGACAAACAGGCCUCUUAAGCUGCCGAUUCAAAUAAAUCCAUUCCGGCAACCUCUUGUGAUGGAAGACAGUGCAUUAUACCUUCCCUGCUACUCAAACUGCUUCAUUUUUGGGAUAUAAUGAAUGGUAUGUUUAAAGUUUUAUUAUGGUAUGUUAAAAGACAAGCAGGUACCGUGGACCAAGCAGGUAAUGAGGAUUUAUCACGUGUUUCCAAGAUGGUAUAUUAGGGAUCGUAACUAUAUAAUGAUAAAUUCUUCAUAUCAUGUAAUCUUUAGAAAGAGUGAAAAAUACGGUUUUUUUCUAUAAGGGGUUUAUGUCGGGAUCAAGUAUACAAUGAAUAAAUAUUGUUCUAGAAUACUAUAUCCUAAUGAAAGUGUUCGGACACUGGGCUUGCCCAUUCA